ACAAACCACGGCAAGAGCCCAGCUGCUGUUGUUUGGUAGCCGAUGAGUCCGCGCCGCACGCACGCCGGGUUCAUUGACCUGUGGGGUUAUCCUCGUGGGGGAGGACCACGCAUUCCAGAUCUCGGGGCGAGCACCCGGGGGGCGCUGAAGCCCCGCCCUGCCCCUCCGUGCCUCAGUUUCCUUGCCGGGAAAGUGGGUCAGGGAUUGCACCCGUGCCGGAGUGGUCCGCGGGGCUCCACCUUCGGAAUUGCGUUUGCUCAAUGUUUUUUAGAUGAGGAAACAGGCACCAAAAAGAAAAGGCCCCACAGCGGUGGGAGAGUUAGUGCAACUUAAUAACACCUCACAACAACCCCACAAGCUCUUCACCUCACAGAAGAGGAAACCGAGAGUCCAGAGACUGGGUGAGCGAGGCAUCUUCGUGGUGGCAGGAGCUGGUGAUGUUCAGACAUGUGGCGGUGGACUUCACUCAGGAGGAGUGGCAGCAGCUGGCGCCGGCUCAGAGGGCGCUGUACCAGGAAGUGAUGCUGGAGAACGUAAGGAACCAGAGCUCGCUGGGUCUGAGUGGGACCACCCAUUGGAAUCUGUUCCUGCAGGAGCGCCCCCUGGGCUGGCCCUGGAAGAACCCCAACGGGGCUGCCCCAGGCGCUCUGCAUCCGGAGAGGCCCGGAGGUGUUCAGGAAGGGCCCCUGGAGACCUCCAGUCAGGAACUGCAGAAAGGAGGGGACUCCCACAAGUGUGACCCGCGGAAUCCCAAUCGGGAGAGCCGCGGGAGAGCCCUGGGCGGCGGCAAGGAGCUCUGCGUGUGCGGCGAGUGCGGGGAUGCCUCCGCGCGGGGCGCUGCGUGGGCGCAGCACCACCACGCGCACGUUCGGGACAAGUCGUUUGCGUUCUCCAAGUGCGGCAAGGCCUUCAGCCAGAGCGCCAACAUCACGGAGCAUCAGCGCAUCCACACGGGCAAGCAGUGCAGCGAUUGCGGCGGCGCCUUCUUCCACAUCACCAACCUGGUAGACCACCAGCGCAUCCAUACCUUCGUGUGCGACGUGUGCAGCAAGCGCUUCACCAAGCGCUCAUCCCUGCUCCGCCACCAGCGGGCCCCCACGGGCGACAGGCCCCACCAGUGCGAGAUGUGCGGGAAGGCCGUCCGCAAGAAGUCGUACCUGGUCAACCACUACCGCACGCUCACUGGCGAGCGGCCCUUCAAGUGCUACGACUGCGGUAAAGCCUUCGCGCAGAGCAUGACGCUGGUGGAGCACCAGAAGACGCACACCGGGGAGAGGGCGUUCGCGCGCGGCCAUUGCGGGAAGCGCUUCAGCAAGUCGUCCUCGCUGAUCCUGCACGAGAGGAUCCACACUGGCUAGAGGCCCUAGCGCUGCUCUGACUGCGGCAAGGCCUUCGACCAGAACGUGCAGCGGGUAGUGCACCGGCGCCCCCACACGGGCGAGAAGCCGCACUGCUGCGGCGAGUGCGGGAGAACCUUCCGGGAGGUAUCCUUUGUGCUCCAGCAUCAGGCUAGUCACAGUGACUGACGACAGGCCUUUCCAGUGUGGCGUGUGCGGCGAGGCCUUUGUGCGCAAGCCAACGCUGCGGCAAGGCCUUUGUGCGCAAGCCAACGCUUGUCCAGCGCGGCCAAAUCCACACCGGCGAGAAGCCCUACCCGUGCGCGCUGUGCAGGAAGGCCUUCCGGCACCAGCCCACGCUGACAGCGCACCGGAGGAUCCACAAUGGCGAGGAGCCCUAGGAGUGCAAGGCGUGCGUGCGGCAAGGCCUUCAGGCACAUGGGGAAUCUCACCUGCCACCACAAGACCCACGUGGCAGAGGAGGUGCCGCCCCGGGGCGGGGGAGGGGAGGAGCAGUGCGGGGAGACUGCCUCCCCCCACACACACUCACAUGACCCCCCAGAUGACGGCCAACGGAGCUGCAGGUAAUGGGCCUGAGGUCGUGGGCAAGUUUCAGCCUUUACUCUCUUUAGAGGUACUUGGCGACAUCAAGAGAUGCCCACAAAGCUGAUGCAACAUCCCUGAGAAUUCGGCGAGGACAGGCAACAGCAGAGACCGCUUCAAGCCUGUGAAACCAUACAGGGCCCACUCGCUUUUAUGUUCUGCUGUAGCUGUCUUGAGAUUCUCUGAACCAAGGGCCCCAUAUUUUCAUUUUUCAUCAGGCCCCUAAAAUUGUUGCUGGUUCCGAGGGUAGAGACUGAAUCAGGGGCAGGCAAACCACAGCCUGCAGGGCCAUACCUGGCCUGAAAGGUAAAGAUGUUUUCACAUUUUAGAAGAGUUAUAAAAUAAAAUGAAAAGAAUGUGAGACAGAAAGGUGGUGUGACCUACAAAGCAUAAAAUAUUUACGAUUUGGCCCUUCACAGAAAAACCUUGCCAACCCCAGCCAUAAACCAGCAGUUAUUUGUGGGAAUUCCAGACUCUUCUUGGACAGUUCUGGCAAAGUCCUUGUGUGGUCUCAUGAUCUCUCUGUGCUUCCGUCAAGGUAGGCUCUGUGGUAUGUGGAGGGAUUCUGGGAUAGGAAGGCUCCAUUUUUCGUUCAUCUCCAGAACUUAAGUUGGUGCAGACAGACCGGCCACUGUCUUUGGUCCUGAAUCCCAAUUGCUCCAUGACCACCCGGAUCUGUGUGUCUGGCGUUUAUGGAGAACGAACUAAACGUGAUUCUCUGUUCAGUGGCUGCCUGUUCACUACAUGAUCUGGGCGUCUCACUUCAGGAAGAUUUGCCCAGUGGGACCUUUUGGUAGCUCACUCUGUUCACUAUAUUUGUUCGCUUGGGCUGCCAUGGCGAAAUACCACAGGCUGGGCGGCUUAAACAACACAAAUAUAUUUUUCUCACUGUUCUG